UAAAAUGGUUCGGUGUUAGCGCUUCAUUAUCCGCGGAUGUUUGAGGCAUAUAGGUCAGAGGUCGGGAGUUAAUCAAGUUUUCGACGUCCGUCAGCGCGGUGAUCAAUAUUUCAUCGUUCAACCUCCUUCCAUCAUCCAACGCGUUCAAUCCCUCUUUCACACUACGAACUAUCCGUUCCCAUACCCCACCCAUGUGUGGUGCCGAUGGAGGAUUGAAGCUCCAUUUAGUGUGUGUGUCUGUAAAGGUGGCUGCGCAGUCGAUAGGCUAUAUGCUACUUCGAGGUGGACUGCCCUCGUUACUAGACAGGUGAAAACAGCCACAUAUCGCUUUUCGUUGCGGCGCAAGUUAGUAAUGUCUAUUGGUCCCAGAUAAUCGACUCCUACAUUCGUGAACGGACGCAGGAAGGGGGUAAGUCUUUGCGCAGGUAGUUGUGCCAUUCGUGGGUUUUGUGAUUUACAUUUCUUUACCUUACAGCGUUGGCAGUUUUUCAUCGCUCUAUCAACGGCUGCUCUCAAAAAGGGAAUAUAGAGACGUUGUCUAACCUCAUUCACUACGGUUUCCCGAUUAGCAUGCCCAUAUUUUUCGUGAUAGUGGCCCAGGAGUAAUGACGUUAUGGCAUGUUGCUGAGGCAGAAUGAUUGGGAAUCGUGCAUCAAAGGGAAUAUGUGAUUGAAAUUCCGCAUGCUGGUUCGGAAUUCGUUGAUGAGAAUGCCUCCGAUGAAGAAGUAUUUGACGACGAUGAGCCCGAAGAAGAAUGGUUGGAGGAAUGGCUGAACGAAAGUGACGAAGAUGAAGGCGAAGAUAAUCAGCAUACAGAAAAUUAUGUAACGGAUCCUCAAUCUGAAAACAUAUUAUCUAGGAAAUUACGAAUGUGGGCCCUAUCUCAUCGAAUAACCCACACAGCUAUAAAUGAUUUGCUUGGGAUCAUACGCGAGACAACGGAAUAUUACGUUCCAAUGGAUGCAAGGACGUUUCUGAAAACUCCCGUGAACGUCAGACAAAAUAUUACCACAGUGGCAGGAGGACAGCUAUGGUACCAAGGGAUCGAAAAGACGCUUCAGUGCCAUUUUAAAAACACGACGCCUACUGUGGACAAAUUUGCUUUAAAUCUCUUCGUAGAUGGGCUUCCGUUACAUAACAGUGGCCCUACGCAAUUAUGGCCAAUAAUGGCGCAGAUUCACGAGCUUCCGGAGGUGCCUGUCUUGGUGCUAGGCAUUUUCUGUGGUUCGUCGAAACCUGACAACGUGGAGGAUUAUCUUCGUCAAUUGGUAGACGACCUUAAUCGUGUUAUGGACCAAGGAGUCACAAUCAACAAAACAAAAAUUGGAAUUGAUCUUCGUGUUAUCAUCGCCGAUUCUCCCGCCCGAGCGUUCAUAAAAGGUGUGGCGAAUUUCAAUGCAGCGAACGGGUGUAUAAAAUGUAAAAUUGUGGGAAAAAAGGACAAAAAAACCCACAGAAUGGUAUUUGAAGGAACAGCUGAACCGAGGACAAACAAGGAAUUUAGGCAAGGAGAUUAUGAAAUAAGCCAUCAGAAACGACCAACACCGUUAUUAGAUAUUAAGGAUAAAGAUAUUAUUAAGAUCUUAAGCAUAGCAGACGAUUUACACUUACUACAUUUAGGAAUAGCAAAAAAAAUAGGAAAAGGAUAUGCCGAAGGUAGUUUAGCACCGUUUCCGAAGUGGAACGAAGAAGAUAGAGAGGAAAUUUCUAAAAUUCUAGCAAAGACAAAGUUACCUGCAGAGAUAAAUAGGGCAAUGAGGCCACUGAAAUAUUUAGCUUAUUGGAAGGGGUCCGAAUAUCGUACAUUUCUCAAUCAUAUUAGCAUAGCAUUACUUAGAGGUAGAAUUCACGAUGAUGCUUAUCAUCAUUUUAAACUCUUUUAUGUUGCAAUUACAUUGUUUUCCAGCAAUCAUUUUAAAAAUCAUUGGGAUUACGCGGAAGCUCUUUUAAAACAAUUUGUUGAGGAUUUCGGUUUAAUUUAUGGCAAAUCUCACAUUACCAGUAAUGUUCACAAUCUUUUACACAUAGCUGAAGAUGUACGUGAAUUCGGACCCCUUCCAACAAUAUCCUCAUAUCCCUUUGAAAGCCGGUUAAAUUUUCUUAAAAGGCUAGUUAGAACAGGUCAUAGAACGUUAGAACAAAUAGUAUGUAGGUUAACAGAACUUAAUGAGCUAGAAGCAAGUGAAAGCAAGGAGAAAAUGGUUUAUCCAAUUAUUAAACAUAAGAAAGAUGAGGUUAAAUUGUACAUAACAGAUAAAUUUCAAUUAAGGAAAGGUGAUAGGAACGGUUGGUUUUUAACCAAAGAUAAUAAGCUUAUUAGGUAUAGUAGCGUUAAGCAGGUUCCAGGAUCGUAUAUCAUAGAAGGACAUCAAUUAGCAGAAACACAACCAGCAUUUAGUUAUCCGAACCGUUCGGAAGUUAUUUAUAAUUAUAUAGGUAGAGUAUCAGAUAUUCCAACCGACGUAGUUAAAGUAGAUUUAAACAAUGUAAAAGUUAAAUUGGUAGCGGUUUCUGUUGAUGAUGGCGAAUCGUUUUAUUUUAGUCCGCUCAUGCAUACUUUAUUGGAAUAAAACAUAUAUUUAGUGAUCUGUAGCCUGGCUAGUUGGAUUACAUCCUACACAUGAAUGCAUGUAUUGCUCUCAAAUAAAAAUAAUUUCAAGAAAGGAGUCUUAUUACCAUAAAUACAGAACUUUUCGAAUAACAUAUAAUUUAAAAAAUAUAAAACAAGAUAU